UUUCCGGGGAGUGCGUGUCGCCGUGUUGUUCUUGAACACAUCCCCUGGUUAUCAGUCCGGACUCCCGGGUAAAUUUCUACUGAUACAGCGCCACGAGUUCUUUAUCUGUUUCUGUAUUUUAAUAACUAACACACAUUACACCAAGCAUGUGUUAUUCGAGCUUUCAUUCAUCCCCAUGUUAAACUAUUACUUAUACUAUUAAGCAGCAGUUGUGAGCUGCGAGCAAAGACGGAGGAGGGAUGUCGCGCGGUGAGCUGGAAAAGCUGGACCCGGCGGUUUUCCAGAAGCAGUUGCACAAUCUGAAAUUUAGCAUGGAAGAAGAGGGGGAUAGUAAUAUGUGUGUUGACACUGACUCAGACGCAGGAGACAAGAAGGAUGGUUCCAAGUGUAAAGUCAAAUGGACUCAGGAAGAGGAUGAAAAUCUCAAAAUCCUGAUCAGCAACUUUGGGAAAAAAGAUUGGAAAACCAUUGCCAGUUUUUUACCUGGGCGGACAGAAUUCCAGUGUAUGCACCGCUGGAAAAAGCACCUGGAUCCUGAUUUAGUCAAAGGCUUCUGGUCCAGACAGGAAGAUGAAACGAUAGUAGAGCUGGUGGGCAAGUACGGCAACAAACACUGGUCUUUGAUUGCCAGGCACCUGAAGGGACGGGUGGGGAAACAGUGUCGUGAGCGCUGGCACAAUCACCUCGACCCACUGAUCAAAAAGAGCUCCUGGACAAAUGAAGAAGACCUCAUCGUCUACAAAGCCCACACCAUUAUGGGAAACCGGUGGGCUGAGAUUGCCAAGCUGCUCCCUGGAAGGACAGACAAUUCUGUGAAAAAUCACUGGAACUCCACCAUUAAACGUAAAGCAGAGUUGGGCUUGUACAAAGACGACGCUGACACCAUUUCCCUUGAUAUUCAACAGUUUGUGGAAGGAGAGGUGGACUUCAAAUGCGACGUUGUAUUAGACACUGAACCAGUAACUCCUAAAGUGGUCAGGCUAGAGAAAGAAAAGAAGCAGGAGUGUCAGAAGAAAGUCAAGCAGAAGACGCCCAUUCUGUUUCCACAGACUUUAGCAUCCAUGAGUCCCUCCUUGCUCCGCAGUUCGAGUUCGAGUUCAAGUUCCAGUCCCAGCUCUAGCUCAGGCGCUGCACCAGCAGCCGUGCCGGUGGACCAGAAAAAGUUUGCCAAUGCAGCACUAAGGAUGAUCGCAGAAGACAUGCUGCCACUCAGUUUUGUUGAAGGCGCAGGCUUCAGGUCAUUCAUUAGUACCAUCAGUCCUGAAUGCAACAAGCUAUCCCAGCGUGUCAUGGGGCUACAGCUCUAUGAUGAAGUGGAGAGAACCAUCAAGCCUCAGCUCAUCCGUGACCUUAAAGCCUGCCUUGCCAAAACCAAAGAUGGUGAGAGUGCCAUUCAUAUCACCUUUGACCUCUGGGCAGGGGAUCAAUCCCAUCCAGUGGAGGAGCCCAUUGUAGUCGUGCAGCUCCAUUUUGUCAGUGAUUCCUGGCAGAUCCGACGUCCCAUUGUGGCCUUCCGCCACCUUAGCCACAAAAACCUCAGCACCGCUGUGGCCAAGGAGCUUGAAGGUGUGCUGCUGAGCUACGGCAUCUUUCCACAUAGCAUCGGCUACGUCCUUGUCAACCAGGCCAAAGAAUCCCUGUCUGGGAACAACUUGUUCUGCGACUACAAGAUCAUGUGCUCAUCCACCAGGGGAGAACCAGAUGGAGAUGAGAUGGUGGAAUUUUUGUCAGACCAGAUGCCUGAAACGGAGUCCCCCUUUUCAGAGCUACAGGUGGGGACCAGGACCACCUGUGUGGCCCACGCAUUGCAGCUUGUGAUUAAGGAGGCACUGAAGAACUCCAGGGUUGUGGAAAACCUGCUCUCACAGGUCCACAACGUGGUGGCUUUUUUUAGGGGCAGCGCCUACUGGAGCGAGGUCUUGUUGAAGGAGUGCAACGUGUCCCUGUGCCCUUCCUCCAGUAACUGUCGCUGGAACUCUAUGAUGCUAUCUUUACGCCGUAUGGUGCAGGAGUCAACCUGGAGCGCCAUCAUGACUCUCCUAGCUCAGGCUCGCAUAGAGGCCAACGACACAGCUAGCGUCCCGCCUCUGGUCAUGGCUAAGAGAGAGCAAGUGAUUGACAUCCUGGGUCUCCUUGAGCCCUUUGAGGAGGCCUUGCAGGUCCUGCAAGGAAAUGGAGUGACCAUCUCUUUCAUCACACCGUCCCUCAUUGGCCUUGAUAAGAUCCUGGAGAGCCUUGUCACCAACUACACCCACUUCAACAAGGCCCUGCGGACAGGCCUCCACACACAUUUCCAGUCCCUGAUUCACCAGAAGGACAUGAUACUAGCUGCUGUGCUCGACCCCAGGAUCAAACUGCAGCCGUUUUCUGAAGCCAAACUGGAGGACCAGACAGGUUUCCUUAUGCCGCCGUCAAAGUAUCAAGCUCGCACCAUCGUGGAAGCCACAUUAGAAAGCAUGGGGGCCUCAGCAUCUCCCUCUGUGGAAGCAGAUAAAGACGGGACAAGCAACGAGUUGAAAAAGAAGCAGGAUGACGAAGGGAAGAGCCAAGACAACACAGUGAUGGAGGUUUCUGGUGACAGCUCAGAUGACAACAACUGCGACGGAGUCGGCGGGAACGACCUCAAGCGCAAGUCGAUCUUUAACUUCCUCCAGCCUCCGGCAAAGACCAUGAAGACGGCAGAGCUUGAUUUGUACCUGUCAGAGCCACUGUGGGAAAGCAACUCCAGUGUGUUGUACUGGAAAUCUACAACUCGGUUCCCUCUGCUCCAGGGCAUCGUCAAGAAGCUGCUGGCAGUGCCGGCCACCUCGGGGGGCUUCGACCGGCUGUGUCCGAUGGCAGCGUGUAUUGUAAGAGCCAAGAGGAACCGCCUGCCACCUCACACCACGGAGAGACUGCUUCUAUACAAAAACUCUUUAAAGACAAAAACUGCUAAAAAGCCCAGUGGGGUCGCUAAACACUGAUGGGUUAUGUGACAAUUUGUUCUGGUUUUUCUGGCCUCCACACUUGCUUCUCCAUAUUCCAUAAUAUUCUUCCACACUGAAUUGACACCAUUCCUCUGAAUUCAAUUUCUAUAAACAUUAGAGUAAACUAACUGACUUUAGCAUCAUUUGAACCUCGCCGUUUGAGUCAACAGCAACAAAAUAUAUUAAAAGUAUAUUAAAAUAGAGGGCAGUCUACUCGGAAUAUCUCUUUUGUUGAAAUGAUGAAACACAACAGCAACCAGCAGGCUACCAUCACAGAGCACUAACUAUUUAUUUGCUAGUGGGUUGAGGGUGGAAGACAUCUUCUCUUUGACCUUCAGCAGGUGAACUGCAUUCCAAAAACAAUAUAGAUUUGUUAUAUUGAGCAUAAUUCAACACUGUAUAAAUGUAAUCCAAAUUAUGAAUUAAGAUGUCUUUAGAGCAUGCAUUUUCUGAAGCCGUUGUGCUGCUGCUAACUUCUCGCAGACAAAGGAGAGCAUUAAGCAUCUGUGGUCAAAGUCCUUAUGUGUAGGAUUUGAAAUUGUCUGACUUAAGACUCCUUUCAAAAGACAGCAGACAGCAACGUACACCUUUACCUUUUAUGCCACUGAAAUAAUUUUAAAAGAUGCUACAAUCAAACCAGCAAUAAGUGCUACACAUCACAGCUUUACCAUCCGCCUGUGUUACUGUUUAUGCAGAUAUGUUAUAUUUAUUAUUGCAUCUUUGGUAGGUAAAUCAGUGUGCAUGGCUAUUCAGGACCUAAAGCAAAAUGUUUAAGUGACAAAUAUGUUCUGGUAAAAAAAAUGCACUAUAUAUUUUUGCAAUACUUUUCUUUUCCCGCCUUGUAAUUUAUUUGUUUUGUAUGCUGUACAGCAAGUGCAGAUACUGUGUUUUGGGUCACUUGGCAGUAAAUUGAAUGAGAGACUGCAUCUUUUCAGCUGUUUGUAAAAGCCAUGUUUAUUUACUUAGUAUUUUACAUUUGUUUAUAUUUUUCAGUUAUUUUUCAGCAAUGCUUGAAAGUUGCCACAAUGAAAUGUCUCAAGAGUCUUGAUCAACUGUUUUUGCUGUUAACUGAAUUGAAACGUCUGAUGGGGAUUGAUGGGAAAGGUAUUUCUGCAUCUUGCGUUGACAUUAUUAGACGGGUAGGCUUUUUAACAAACUAAAGUUCACAUUGAAUGACAGCUAACUGAUUUUAUUGCAGUGAUGAUUUUUUUAUAUAGCGGUAAUAAUAAACACCAGUGUGAUCUUGAAUCCGUUGAACUCUUGUGUCUCCACAUGGAAAAGUCCAUUAACUUGUAAGAAAGAAUAAAGCUAUUUUCUCUACAGUUUCCUGUA